CAGGUGUCCAACAUGGCGUACGCUCGCAUCGGAUCUCUUGCGACUAUUCUCUUUUUAACCACCUUUCUCGCGGCUCUUCAAAAAGGAGAUGGCCAGUAUCCAGUGGUGAGCCAGAACCUGGUGACAGACAAUGUGUCGGUGGUGGAGGGGGAGACGGCCAUGAUCAGCUGCAGAGUCAAGAACAACGACGACUCUGUGAUCCAACUGCUCAACCCCAACAGACAGACCAUCUACUUCAGGGACGUGCGGCCUCUGAAGGACGCCCGGUUCCAGCUGGUGAACUUCUCAGAGAAUGAGCUGCGGGUUUCUCUGUCCAACGUGUCUCUGUCAGACGAGGGACGCUAUGUGUGUCAGCUGUACACGGACCCGCCGCAGGAGGCCUACGCCGACCUCACAGUACUGGUCCCUCCCAGUAACCCGAUCAUCGAGACCCGGGACGAGGUGCUGAACGAAGGCAACGAGACGGAGCUGACAUGUUCCGCCCUGAGCAGCAAACCCGCCGCCUCCAUCAGGUGGAAGAAGGGCAACAAGGAGCUGCCAGGCAAACCCAAAGUGGAGCUGACGUACGACCGCAUGUACACGGUGACGAGCCGACUCACGUUCACCGUCAGUAAAGAGGACGACGGCGUGCCCGUGGUCUGCAUCGUGGACCAUCCUGCGGUCAAAGACUUCCAGGCGCAGAGACAUCUAGAAGUACAAUACAAGCCCGAAGUGAAGAUCGUUGUGGAGUUUCCUCAGGGUCUGACAAGAGAAGGAGAGAACCUGGAGCUCACAUGUCAAGCUAAAGGCAAACCAGAGCCUCAGAGAGUAAAGUGGGUCAAAGUGGAUGACGACGUUCCCUCCCACGCCGUCAUCACCGGACGAGAUCUGUACAUCGAGAACCUGAACAAGUCGUACAACGGGACGUACCGCUGUGUGGCCGCCAACGCAGUGGGAGAGUCCUAUGACGACUACAUCCUCUACGUUUACGAUGCUCCCACCACCACCCCCAUCCCCACCACCACCACCACCUCCACCACCGCCAUGCCCACCACCUCCCCGCCCCUCCCGGAGAACCACCCAGAUACUACGCCCAGCACCGAACCUGCAGCUCAUGAUUCUCGAGCUGGAGAGGGAGCUCCGCGGACAGUGGACCACGCGGUGAUUGGAGGAGUGGUGGCGGUAGUCGUAUUCGCCAUGCUGUGUCUACUCAUUGUCCUGGGGCGAUACUUUGCAAGACACAAAGGAACAUACUUCACGCACGAAGCCAAAGGAGCGGACGACGCGGCAGACGCAGACACGGCCAUCAUCAACGCGGAGGGAGGACACUCUAACUCGGACGAGAAGAAGGAGUACUACAUUUGAUCACAGCGCCCCCUGCUGCUGCUGCUGAGUGCUCCGCCUCACACUAACUGCUGUUUAUGGGACAAAAAGGAGAGAAGGAGAAGGGAUUCGCUUCAGGUUCACGUUUGGCCAGGAGACAUGGCGCUUCGGAGGGACAGGCCUUGUUCAAAGCCGUUGUUUAGUCUAGUCCGCAGAUGUAGAUGGAAUGUUUUGUGUGUAUAAAAAAAGAUUGAAAAAUGUAAAAAAAAACUAAAAACUUCCAAAAAAAAAUUCAACAAAGGACAACGUGGGCGGGAGUGAGUUGGGGUCAAAACGGGGUGGGGACGGUUGCCAGAUAUCACUGUAGAAAAGCUUCACAUUACACCUUCUAACUGCUGGUAUACAAGUUUGAUUUAGCUCGAUCAUUUGCAGAAAAUUCUGUGCCUUGUUCUGGAUUUUUGUUUCAACUCUUCACUUAAGAUUCGCUUUUUUUUUAUUUUUUUAUUUCAUUUAUUCGGGAUCACCUCUUUUUCCAUCUUCUUUACAUCACCAAGCUACUGUUGGCUUUGUAUGAGGGUAAAACUCAUUAACUAUGAUUAUAUAUAGGCAUUUUUCCAUCAUUCAAACACGCAAGAUUGUGAGGAGCCAGUUUUUUUAGUUUUGAAAAAUGCAUGGAGUUCAUAAUAUCGUAUCGUACUAAUAUUUUCGCAUCUAUAUCAGCUUUGGCAUAUCAAAAAUACGUGUAGUUCAACAUAUCCCCUUUUAAAUAUGACAGGUUGGAUACUUCAGGGGCCUGUACCUAAUGUUUACUUCUUAGCAAUUAUGUGUGCAUUUUAAUUGGAAUUUGAUAAGUUGAGAACCAUAAAGUGAUUUAAAUUGAGUCCAUUUAGGUGCUAAAGUUUCUCUGUUAUACAAUAUUGAAGCGAGAGACAGUGGUGGAAGAAGUACGACAAUUUGUUACUUAAGUACAAUCAAACAAACAAAAAAAAAAAAACAUACUCAAGUAAAAGAAUCACAUGAAAAAAAUCCACUUUAGUUAAAAUUUGUGCUGUCAAAAAAUAUUGCAUUAUUAAAGAGCUAACGCAAAACAAUUUUAAUCAGCGUACUUUUUUUAAGUAAGUCAGUCCCUAUUUAUAUAGAGCUUUUCACAGACAUUUUUUGUCACAAAGACACUUUACAGAGCAUUAUUCAUUCACUCUGUACCUGGUGAUGGUAAACUACAGCUGCCCUGGGGCAGACAGACAGAAGCAUGGCUGCCAUGUUAAUUGGCACCAUUGGUCCCUCUGACCACAACCAUCACUCACACCCCACUUUCAUAUUAGGCAAUGUGGGUGAAGUGUCUUGAUUGAAUUGAUUGUAUUUAACUGACCUUGACUAUCAACUGUUCUGGACCUGGAGCACAUUUCAGGUUGAUGGGA